CGGGCUGUCAUUGGUCCGCCCUGAAAGGCACCCUUUCAAAUUCGCAGUUCACUCGCUCUGGGCAAUUAUUUAUCCCGGGCCAGAAGUGGGAAGUGGAGUAUUUGCGAAGCGCCGGUCUGUGAGUCAGUGGUGUGGAAUCAGCAGUAGCUAAUCGGUAGUUGAGUAGAACAGGCACGAUGUUCACCCGGGUCCUCUGGUCUAUGUCGCUCCUUCUAGCCGUUCUGUUCAGGACGGCGGAGUCAAAUGGGACUCUACAGAGCAACUUCUUGAUCACAGGACCCAAGUCGUCCUUGCAGGCGUCCCAGACGUACGAGUACGCGAGCAGCGUGGCCGCGGGCGCGCAGACCGCCAUGGAGGAGUGCAAGUACCAGUUCUCCUGGGACAGGUGGAACUGCACCGACAACGCGCUGUCCAUGUUCAAACCCAACACCCUACCCGCCAAUCGGGAGACGUCUUUCGUGCACGCGAUUAGCGCCGCCGGUGUGAUGUACGUCCUGACUCGGAACUGCAGCAAGGGCGCUUUCGAGCAAUGCGGCUGCGACCUGACCAACAACGGGAAGAAAGCGGAGGGCGGCUGGACGUGGGGCGGCUGUAGUGACGACAUCGCCUUCGGGGAGGAGAUCUCGGAGAUGUACACGGACGGAGUGGAGAACGGCCAGGACGCCCGGGCCGCCAUGAACCGGCACAACAACGACGUCGGCAGGGAGGCGGUGAGACAGACCAUGAAGCGGGUGUGUAAGUGUCACGGCGUGUCCGGCAGCUGCACGACCAAGACCUGCUGGCUCCAGCUCGCCGACUUUCGCGCCAUCGGCGUCUUUCUGAAGAAGAAGUACAAGAAGGCGGACAAGGUGGACUACGUGCGCGGGCAACUGACGGAGAACAACAGCGCCAGCUCCAAGAGGAACCCCGGGCUGAAGAAGGACAUGGUGUUCCUGGAGGAUUCUCCCGACUACUGCAGGGAGAACCUCACGGUCGGCUCGCGGGGAACCCUGGGAAGGGAGUGCAUCCGCGGCGGGAAAACCACGGACAAGUACGAGAAGAAGAGUUGCAAACGCCUGUGUAAAGACUGCGGAUACGUUCCGAAACGGAUCACGACUGAAGUGACCAGCAGCUGCAACUGCAAGUUCCACUGGUGUUGCUCCGUCAAGUGUUCGCAGUGCACCAAGACCGUCACCAAGUACAUCUGCGUCCAGAGGGAGAGCAAAAACCGGAGGAAAAACGUCAGGAAAAAGUCCAAGCAGCGGAGAAGAAACAAAAUAUGAAUGAACUUGUUGCUCAGUUGACACGGCUUUUGGCAACGCCUCUGUGGCGCGCCCUUUGCGACAAACCAUUAGAUGGUAGAGUCGGAAUAACCGGAAAUGAAACAUGUAAUCGAAGAAGAAGGCAUUUAAUUUAUACCGGAAACGGAAUUUGACGUGGAGCCCACGUUCUAUGACGUGACUGUCUUGACAGGUUCCUAGUGAUGUACAUAAUUGUCAAGACUACAUGACUGACAUUUAUUUAUUUGGCGAGGUUGUACUUGCCCAAAAUGAAUAUUUCUUCUUGUAAAUAAAUGAUAAACUACC